UGGCGGAGUAGCCCUGCCUGUCCGCUGGAAAACAAUAGAAACAGCACAGAAGGGACAGAGUUAGCCUGUUCCGACUGGACCAAUCCGCUCCAAAAACCUCACACAUCCCGACUCGGGCUCGGCCAGGUGGGGGAGGAAUAUCCGCGCCGGGAACCUCGGGAGAAUAAAUCUAAAGCAGGAUGCUUUAUUUAAGCGUUUCGGGCUAGCCACCUAGCCUGCUAGUCGAGCUAACGUUAGCCCGUCUUACCUUAAAAAACAUAGAGUUAGCAGCUAGCGGCUAACGGCUACAAGGAGGCGGAGGAUCAGCUGUUUGCUAGACAGAUGCUGUAGGAAGGAGCGGACAGCGACGAUUUCACAGUAAGUGAAUUUAAAAUUAUCUGGAAAGUCUUGUCGUGUGUUUUGCCGUAGCGUUAGCUAAAAAAUAAUGUGUUCAUUAAGCUGAGUGAUUGCUGCCAAGUUUGUGUUAGCCAGCGACUAGCCAGCUAACUAGCCCCCCGCUAACCGAGCUAACUACUUAAUACUCGAGCAAAAAAUAAAAAAGUUUCACACAAGUUUUGGACCCGCUAUGAUGCUCGCACGGAGGGAAACACCAUCGGUGAUAUAUACACGGAGGUGAAGUUAGAGGCUAACGCGAGCUAGCGCUAAAAAACACCUAUUUUGGUGAUAGUUUUUUAAGGAAUUGUCGACGCUCCAACUUUGAUUUUUUGAGUGGAGGAAUGUUGCUAACUUAACUAGCUCAACGGGAGUUAGUUUGAUAGCGAGGCUGUUUCAUUGAUUUAAAAUUGAAAUGUAGAGUUAAUUAUUUAUUUUGGAGAGAAAGAAGAAAAGUAGCGUGGUUUGUUUUCACGCCGCAGGGUUUAAAAUCAGAGGUUUUUUAAAUUAAACUGUGGCUCUAACAGGACUCCUCUGUUUUUGUUACACAGCAAGUUAAACGAGCUGUUGUAUAUAAUGAAGGAUCAUAGUGAGUAAAGAAAAUAAAAUCAGGAGGCUGAAUGGUUUUGCACCCAAAAACGUUAAUUUUCCUCUCCGGCAGUGAGUGCCGCUGUGACUGAAGGCCAUUAGCAAGACAAAGGUCGCCUCCAUGGAGCCAGCACAGGAGUCUUUGUAAAGGGCGAGGGGGGUGUAUAUAGACGCCCAGAGUGAGAGAGAAAAAAAGAGCCAAAUUCAGCAUUUUAUGGACGAAACCUGAGCCGGGAGUUUUACUAUUAUUGAUGAUGGCGGAUUUUGUUACACCGCGACACAGCGCGGUGAUGGAGAGGCUCCGCCGGAGGAUCGAGCUCUUCCGGCAGCAUCACAACAGCUGCGAGAGCCGCUACGAGAGCGCGACGCUGGAGCGGCUGGAGCUGGAGAGGCAGCAGACCUUCGCCCUGCACCAGCGCUGCCUGCAGGCCAAAGCCAAGCGGUCCAACAAGCACCGGCAGCCCCAGCCCAGCGGCGACCAGGCCGGACAGAGAGCGCCCGGCAGCGGAGGCGGAGGAGGGAGCGCGGAGCUCGGGGAGAGCGGAGGGACGGCGGCGGAGCAGAGCCGGAACAGCACCCUGAUAGCGCUGCAGGAGACGGUGAAGAGGAAGCUGGAGAGCGCCGGUUCUCCGCUGGGCAGAGAUCAGGUCAACGGUUUCAGCGACGGUUUCCCCCCAAACAAGAAGGCCUGUCUGGAUAACGGCACCACCAACGGCUCCCCGCUGGACUCCAAACUGGGCAUCAGCGACUCUCUGAACUCUAACGGGACCCACGCGCAGGCCGGGGAGUCGGCGGAUGGCGGCAGGGAGCCCGUUUCGGACUUCCAUCGGAAGGAGAUGAAGCAGGAGCCCGACGACAUCCUGCCCAUCAUGCCGCCGUCGGGAGCAGGCAACAACAGCCUGUUCCCCGACCUCAACCUGAACGAGCAGGAGUGGACGGAGCUGAUGGAGGAGCUGAACUGCUCAGUGGCCUACGAGGACAUCCAGGACAUUCUCAAUGACGGCUUUGAGGACCGCAAGGACCCGCUGGAGCUGGCGCCGACUCCAGGCGGUGCCGGGGCGGUGGGUGGAGGAGCAGGAGGAGCAGCAGGUGGUGGCGGAGGCGGUCAGUCCUCGCAGGGUCUGCUUCCUCCGGAUCUGGCCAGCGUGAAGACGGAGUUCUCCCCGGCCUCGGUGGCUUUCGAGCAGGACUCUCGCACCGGCUCCCCUCAUGUCCGGUCCACCUCCUCUGGACCGCCUCCUCACCCCACCAGCUCCCCCGUCGCCUCCUCUUCUGCAUCCUCCCCAGCUCUGCCACCAUCCCAGCCGGCUCCUCCACCCAGGCAGCUCCAGCCUCCCCCGAACCACCUCCUCCCUCGCCCCCCGGUGCCCAAAGACCUGUCCCCCGCCCAGCAGCUCCAGCAGCUGGCCGCCCAGCAGCAGAGGGCCCAGCACCUCCACGGCCAGAUGCAGCACAAACAGCAACAACCAGGGGCCAAGUUCCACAACCAGGGGCCCCACGCCCACCCCCCGCCUUGGCCCCAGAUGGCCAACACUUCUCAGAGCCCACUCGGGGGCGCGUUUGGUAUGGACAAGCCCACGAGCCCCUCCCUGUACCCCCAGGACUUUAACCCCAACGCCCAGAAGCAGCUGCUGAUGCCCGGUCAGCCCAACAAAAGCUCUCCCAAGGCGGGGGCCGGCAGCUACAUGCCGGGGCCCACCGGACACCCCAACAUGAUGGGUCACCCGACGUCAGGGCUGCCGCUCAGCCACCCGCCGGCGCCAGGAGCUCAGGCUUCGACCGCCAUGCCGAACUAUAACAACACUAAACCUCUGUCGCACUUUGAGGCGGGGCCAGGGCCGCCGCGGCCCCCCAACACCCAGAUCCAGAACAAGGCGGCCCUGCUGACGCUGAUCCGACAGCAGCAGCAGCAGAUCAAACAGAAGAACAACAUGAACUUCCGCCAGCACAUACCGCACACACAGGACCAGAACUCCUAUCCUGCUCCUCCACACGGCCCGGGUCCCGCCAACAACAUGCCGUCUGCGCCCGGAAACAACGCCAUGGCGACCCAGCCGGGGGCAAACGCCAUGGCGGGUAACCACAGCAACGCAGCGUACCUGAGCAACCAGGCGGCGGGGGUGGCGGCGGCGCUGAAACAGCAGCAGCAGCAGCAACAACAGCAGCAGCAUCAACAGCAGAUCCUGGAGCAGCAGAAGCAGCAGUACAUGCAGAGACAGCAGCUGAUGGCCGAACAGGAGAACGGGCAGCAGGACCAGCAGCUGCAGAGACACCACCGACCUCCCCCACAGUACCAGGACCAGCCGGGACAGCCGGCCAAUCAGAACCCUUUCCCACAGCCACCAGUCAACCAGUUUACAGCUUCCUCUCAGUCGAUGGGCGGCGUCGGUUCCAUGGGAGGCCCCUCCCCCGGCGCCCAGCGUAUGUUCUCUCAGAACCAAGGCAUGAUGGGUAUGAGCAUGGGUCCUGGCGGCGGGCCGGCAGGUGGCGUAGCUCCGCCCUCAGCGGGGAGUCAGAGUGACAUCAGCCUGUCGUCCUGCGGGGGCGGAGGAGGCGGGGCCGGCGUGGACGUGCAGCAGGUGCUCUACAACAACAUGAACCUUCACCCCAACCACCCGGCUCACCCGUCCCACCCGCCACAGCAGCCCGGCCUGCAGCGCCAGGCGCUGGGCCCCAUGAGCGCCUCCUACAGGCAGAACCUGCUGGCUCAGCAGCAGCAUCUGAAGGCGCAGCCCAACGCCGCCAUGUUGAAGCAGCAGCAGCAGCUGGCCGCCGCCCGCAUGCCGGGCUCCAUGCAGAACAGUAUGGGCGCCAACCUGCCUGGUAACAUGCCCGGCGGCAUGCAGGGCACCCAGAGCGCCGCCUGGCAGCAGCAGCUGGCCAACCAGCCGCCCUCCAACAACGCCGGCCUCCCGCCCAACGCCUUCAACAACCCCCCCAACACCUUCCACAUCCAGCAGCAGUCUCGCAUUCCCAAGAUGCCGCCUGGCGCUGCACCCUUUGGUGCAAACCCCGGCGGGCGUCCGAUGGGAGGCCUGAAUCCCGGGCAGCAGAUGAUGCAGACAAACAUGGCGGCCGCCCAACAGAGGGCGCCGCCAAACCCUCAAAGCCUCGGCCAGCCGAUGGCCAAUCAGCAGCAGACUCAACAGCAACAGGCCAAUCAGAACCAGGCUGUCCUCUCAGACCUGGCGGCGUUCGGACAGCCGCAGGGCAACAGCCGCCAGGGACUACAGUGUAACCAAGGUUACCAGGUGAGCAGGACUGCCAAUCAGCAGCAGCAGCAGGUGUCGUUUGGAUACAACGUGGCGUCGGGGAGUUUCGCCGGGGAGAGCGAGCUGGUGGACUCGCUGCUGAAGGGUCAGAGCACCCAGGAGUGGAUGGCCGACCUGGACGAACUUCUCGCCAACCACCGCUAGUCAGAAACACCUGUGUGCACCUGGAGCACCUGCUGAGCUGCGACGCUGCACCGGAGUCACCAAGACUUCCUGUUGUGACGUGUCGAAAAAGAUCCAGACAGGAGGUCGGCGUGUUAGCAUUAGCCACGCAGCUAACGAUGAGACCACCCCACUCUGCGUUUGAGCUGAAACAUCCGGUGAAGUCAUGAAGGUCGCUGGUAAAGUUUUUCCAGACGCCGAUCCGAGCUGUCUGCUGUCCUGAUCCGAUGAGACGGCGUCUCACCGCAUCAGGAUAAUAUAAAUCCCUGAUACAUGAGCCAGCUGCCAAAUCCAUUGCAAUGCAAUGACGAAAAACGUGGAAGUUUGGUAGUUUAAUUCCCACAGCAGUCAGUGUGCAAAGUCCUGGUCCUGAAUCUCAGAGACACUUUGGUUCAGCAGACAGUCAGCAGGUUUAAAAUCCAACAACUGACUCACUGGUAACCAGUAAAACCAGUCCAGUCACCGCUGGAGCCCUGAUGAACACCAGGUCUCAUUCAAAAAUCUGUCAAUGUAACGGUGAAAUGCUCUCUGCAGAGUUACACACCCGGUAGAACAGUACGUCUAAAGCCUUUUUCAAUUUUCCACGCUUUUCUGGAAAAUUCGUCUCACAGGAAAUCCAGGAAACAGGAAGUUCAUUGAUGAAACAUCAGGGUCUAGCAGUGAAUUUAACCCUUUGAUUGACCCUGCUGCAACAAAAUUGUAACAAUUACUAAGAUGGUUAUAUUGGUAUAAACAUUACAGUAACAUUUAUGAUGAAUUGUUGUAUCACUGAACCAAAUCGCAACUUCAGAAUUUAUUCACCAGCAAAAAGUGUUUAAAACGUUUCAUUUUAUUUUCUGACUGAAACAGUAACUGUUGAUUUCUGAGCUGAUAUCCUGUUUCUACCUCGUGUGUAAAUCUGCAAACGAGCCGCAGACCGAUGUCGAGUGUGCCGAUGACGAGUGUGUGUAAAUAUAACCGUGUUGCACACUGCAGUGUGUAUUGAUGACUGGAGACUGAAGGGAGGAGGAGUCGCCUUAAGACUACUGAAGCUUUGGCUCAGUGCUAAACCACUGUACCCGCCCCGCAGCGCCACCUACAGACCAGCAGCGUCACUCGGUCACAGUCUCAAAAACCUUGACGGAUUGACUCGCUCACAGUUCAGCGGAGAUGAAGUUAAAUCACUCUUAAAGUGGAAUUAGACAUUUUUUUCUUUGACUCGUCAUUGUGAAGCAAAAUCGGUAAUGAUCCGCGUUCAGACUGCUUUCCCGAAAAGCUUCGCUCUCACUGUGCAACUCUGUCUGCCACCGCGUACGAUCUCCCGGGAAAGCGGGGGCAAUAUUUUACAGCACAAAGGAAGUGCGUCAACCGUUGCACGACCAAAACACAAAGACGGUAAAGCUUUUGUUUUCUCCGGUAGCUUUCAUCAGUUACCAAAGAGAAUCUCAGUAACGAAAUGCCGUGCGUCCUGUUUUUGGCUUGAAGGGAAAACGAUCCGACUGUUUUUGCAGCAGCGGCUCCAACAAUACCGCCACCUUCUAAAACAGGGGGGGGAAAUUUGCAGCUUUCCACUUUAAAAGAAAAAUAAUUCUACAAAAAAAUUAACACGCAUUAGCAUUACGUGAUUGAGUCAUUUUAAAGGACCAUGCUGCUGUUUUUUCAUGUUUAUUUAUGUUUACUGCACAUCACAGAUACUUCAUUACUGUGGCCGUCUUCCAAAACACACUUGUGUUUUUAAAGGUGUAUUUUCCAACAUGGAUCCUCUUUUCCCAUGUUUUUUUUUUUUUUUUGUAUUACGAAAAUUUUAUUGCCCACAAAUAUGGAAAUCUGUCUUUAAUUUCACCAUAAGAUACAUACAAGACACAAAAUACAGAUCAGACACGCCCUAAAAACAUAAAAAUAUAUGGUAAAAAAAUACAGCAAAGCAUAUCAUGUGAAAAGUUUAAAAUGGUCUCAGUGAUACACAUACAAGCAGAUAAAAUUUAAAAUAAAUAGGUAUUUAUGUCGAUUUUUCAUGCCAUGCAAAAACAAACAUUAUGGCAACAUCAACUUUUGAAAUUUGUUCGGUAUUUAGAGAGAGAUCUGCUGCUGGCAGCUGCAAAACGGGCUGCAACGUAACCACUCUGUCAAUUUAUGCAUCCUCAAUAACCCCCAAAACCACAAGAUAUUGUCAAUAUAUACGGUCAUGCAAAUUAGGUAAAUUAUGCAAAUUGCCAAACAUAUGCAAGUCGGCAUCCAGAAGUUGCUUAAUUCUGGGGACCCGUACUGGACAUUAAUAACAUCAAACUUUAGGCUACUCAACAUUUCUGGGUGAUUUUGCUGGUAAACUAUGACAAAAACAUGGAAAAACAGGGUCCGUGCUGAAAAAUACAGGACUUUGCCUUUAAGAUUUGAGUGUUUUUAGUUCACUUCAGUAUGAAAAUCAACUUGCACGGAGAGAAUCCAUCACGUCAUGUUUCCUCUUUAGUUUUAUAUUACUGUGGUAUUUGUUUACCACAACAUGUUACUGUGAUGAAAUUAAAAGCGGACGUGAUGUCUGAGCCAAAAUUCAAACAAGUAGAUUUUCAUACCGUAGGGAAAUAUCUGGAAACAAUGCGUUACUAUUUAAACAUCAAACACAACACGGCACGUUUUGUUUGACACGCAGUCAUGUAAAGUGGACGUCCCUGAAUGGAUCGGCUGAAUUUUCUGAGUUUAAGUCGCUUUUUUUUUUUGUUUGCAUCAAAAAAAAAUCCAAAUUUCAACAGUGAGCCUGGUGAGUCACACAGUGUGUGUUGCUCAUUUUUAUAUAUCCAGAAAAUCCUUAUUUAAAUAAUUUCAAAAUCACCAGACUGAAUAACACUCAACAGGUCAGAUUAAUUCAUCCUCAUAGUGGAAGUAAAAUUUGCAAAAACAGUCAAAUGUUCAUCUUUAAAAGCUCUGAUGUUUAAGAGCUCGGGUGAAGAAAAUAAAGAUAUUUAAGGAGAACGCCGACCAGCAGAGACACAAAGACGCUGUAGAUCCCAUUCAGACUUUUUGUUUAACAUGUAAAUGUCGUCGGAGCUGCACUUCCUCCUGCUGCACUGAGUCCACAGACCAGAGUCCACCUGUCUCCAGGUGUCCACGCUCUGACUCCGAGUCUGUGGGACGACUCCGCUCAACGUCAUUUCAAUUCAAUUCAUCGAACACGUUAAAGUUUAGUUUUGUGAAACUUAUCCAGCUUUAAAUUUCAGUUUUCCGACCUGAAAAUCACAAAAAUGAGCUGAUCGGGAAGUUUUCCUCAUUAAACAAAGACUUUUGAAACCUUUUUUCUGCAGCUAACGAUGACGUUCCUUACCGAAUCAUUCAUAGAUCAUUUUCUCGAUCGAUUGUUUGGUUUAUAAAACGUUAGAAAACGGUGAGAAAAGCCUGAUAGAAUAUCCUGGAGCCUAAAGUGACUUUUUUGUUUUCUCCAAACAUUUAAAAAAAAAAAAAUUAAUGAACUCCUAAAUGUGCCAUUUGGAAAUCAGCAAAAUCAAAACAUUUGAGAACUAAAAUAUUAAAUUUUUGGCAUUUUAGUUUGAGAAAAUAAAUGAUCAAAAUAGCUUUUCAAAUUAGUUUUCAGUCGAUAAAUUGAAUAAUUGUUGCAGCUCUAGCCUAAAAAAAUAAGCAUUUAACUCCUCUGAGCUGCAGGCAGAACCGUCUCCUGAUUUCCUUCGAGCAUUAAUAUCAAUUAUUGGCAUUAAUUUUCAGUGUGCAGCCGUUUUAUUAAAAAUUCUCCAUAUUAAAAUUCUGAUUAAAAAAAAUAAACGUAAGUGUCUUACAGAAUAUGAAAAUUUUUCUCACAGCGUUUCAGUGAUUUAAAAAAAAUCCUACGUUAAGUUCUGACUUUUUUUAAGUGGUUUUUUUUGUUUGUUUGUUUUUGUUUUUUUUAAACGCAGCAUUUUAGCUCCUGAUGUUUCCCAAAUUCAAAAUGUGGCCUUGUUGGUUAAAAAGCCUCAAACAUUAAAGUUUUAAAGCUAAACCUGAUCGGACGAUGAAUUUAACGUUGAAUACGUACGUGACGUUUAGAGUUGUGUCCUUAUGGUUCUCAUUAUAUAAAUACGUUGUAUGUUCGAUUCGCGUCCGAAUUCGCCGUUCGAUUCGUCGUCUGAUGUCUCCAGCCUGUUUAAGGCGGACUGUGACCCGGUCGUCCUGUUUUCUUGUUUUUAAGGUGGAACUGUGACCCGCUCGUUCGAUCUACUGUACUGUUCUUUUCUUCAAAGAAACGUUUUUUGUGUAUUUUAUUUGUAAUGUUAUUAUUGCUAAACGAUCGCUUGGGGCUGGUUUCACGUCUUCAUCCAAAUCGCUGCCGAUCGAUCUCCUGCCGAAUCUUCAGCUUCCAGCGUCGCACGGCCUCCCGCGGUUUUUCGGGGUUUAACUGUGUAAAUGUCUAUAAAUAUAUUUUUUGUAUGUAUGCCUUUCCUAAUGAUCUGGAGAAGAUAGAUGUUAUUUUUAUAUAUUGCAGCGGAUUUUUUGUAAGUAUUUUAUACUUUUGAUAUGGUUCUCUGUAAAACAAGAGUAUUAUGUAAAUAUAGUUCUUUAGAAACA